AUGAUUAACGAAGAGGACGUGAAUAUCGUGAACGAAAAAGGAAAUAAGGUGUACUAUAUUCAUGCUCCUGGUAACUAUUCACUUCAUUUCAAGAGGAUUAAAGUUGAACGAAAUUUUGGAUUUCUCGCUGGAGAGAUCGGAGUUACCUUACAAGUGCCCAUCAUUGAAGGUCCUGCAGGUGAGAGAUUAGCCGAAAUUGCGGCUUUUUGA